AUGCAAAAUCCAAUUCAUAGAAAACCGAAUUCGCAACCAAAUAAUCAUUUUGACAAGUUACUGAGUGAUGAUUUUAUACGUCGUUCACCAGUCGAACGAUCUGCUGGUCUUGGCUCUUUCUAUGACGCUAGAACAGAUUCUAUUGUUGGUAACAUAUCAUUGCCAAACAAUUUCAUCACUAAACUUACAACAUACAAUCCUGUGUAUUGUAAAGUGCUCAAAGAUAAUCUGAUUGAAGGUGAAAAUCUACUUGAUGAAAUUGGUAUCGACGAUGAUCUAUGGUUAAGUUUAGUAUUAAAUAUGGUUUCUGCAGAUGGAAUACCUUCAUUAGUCAAUUCAUCAUUUAACAUAAAUACAAAAACUCGAAUACUUCAUUAUUGUUUUGUGAGUGAUGAAAAAUGUAUUACUGAUCAAGUGUAUAAAGUUAAAGACAAUAUAUUAGCAGCAACAGUUGAUAAAGAAAUAACUCACAUGGUGGCUGCAAUUAGAUUAGGAAUUCACCUUGUCAUUAUAUUACAAUUAUCUACAGAUUAUAAAUAUGAAAUCGAUGAUCUAUUAGAAAAAAUAAGUCAAAGUUUAACAAAAAAUAUUUUCAAAAUAACAAAAAACGAAAAACAGUUGUUCAAUAGACUGAUAAUUACAAAAGUAUUUUCCAAUAUAAAAGAUCUAAGUGAAAUAUCAACAUUAUUUGAACUAUUUAAAAAAGUGGUUGAAAUAAAAUUAUUAACACAUGUUCAUUGUCCAUUGCAAUGUUUUCUUCGUCCAAUUCAAUCGUUUUGUCCGUCUUAUGUGAAAUAUAAAGUAAAAUAUG